GUCCUGAACGCGCUGGCUGUGCGGAGAUCCCGAUCGUCCGAUCCUCUCCUCCCUAUAAAACACGCUCGUCCUUCUCCCGAUCCGCACUCCCGCGAACGCGUUACGUUGCCGCCAACUACCAAACGACCAACCGCCCCCAAAGCAACAGCGGUCGUCCGUCGGUCGGUCUUCGCGUCCCUUCAUCACCCUCUUGCAACCAGCUGUCACUAUGUCUUCAGGGAUCCAGGAGGUGUUACUGCUGCUGCUGGGUAUCACCGGAUUCGCGAUGACCGCGCCGUCCACUGGUGGCAAGAUUGAGCAAGCACAGAAUAGUCACCAUCUGGUCGCCCUUGAGAAGCCGUCAAAGUUGUUAACCGAUCUCCCAAGUUUCUCCACAGGAACAGCCGGGGAAUUGAUGUCAAAGCGACCUAAACGGUCCUCAGAACACCACAUCACAGAUUGCAUUUACAUGUCAUCAGAAGAGGGCGAAUACUUCCACAAAGCGACAGCGGCUGACGGCUCAGUAUGCGGCGCUUACAUCUUUACAGAACCGGAUCAAAACGUCGAGAUAUACAUUAACUAUCUGAACGUUCCUUGCGAAAAUGGAGGCCUUGUUGUCGUGGUGGACGGUUGGGAACUGAACGGUGAAUUCUUUCCAAGUCGCGAGGACCAUCCUAGACCUAUGAGGACCAGACUAACGGAACUAUGCGGUCAAAAGAAGAUAAAGAAAGUUUUCGUCAGCUCACAAAACGUAGCUCUCAUCCAGUAUAGAAUGCCAGCUAGGGGAAGCAGUUUCAGUUUCUAUGUGAGGUUUAUAAAGAAUCCCAACCCCUGCAACAUAUUAUUCCAAACAGACGACGUGUAUACGUUGAGGAACUACGGAAGGAAGUCCAACUGCAGUUUGAGCACCCUUUUUCCUGCGACUGUGACCGUUGCGGCACUAGACGUGGGCCUGGUGCCGGUAGCAGGUCCCAACUCUGGAUCACGAAGAGCUUCUACCAUUGAACUGGAAACUGGCAUAGUCCAUAAAUGUCAGACGAGGGGAUUAGAAGAUUACGUGCAAAUCGGAGGAUCUCCAGGUCUGGACAACAACAAUCUCAUGGUGGCUGACACAGUUUGCGGUCUCGCAUCAAAACCAGGUAAACAUCCAAAUGUAAUAGCAUGUGACACAACAACGGUACGACUAGUAUCUUCAGGGGAGUACGACAACUCGAUCACCGUCUACCUGAGGCAACUGGAUGAACAAGACAUCAAUGGUUUUAUGGACGUCGUCUGCCUACCGGACGAAGUACAAAAGUGAGAUGAGCUACAGGCAGUUAAAAACAACUGGAAAUAUUUAGGUAAACCAAUUCCGCGAAAGCAUUCCGUUCCAGAUUCUGUGUAUCACCCUUUACUCAUGAAGACUUGAAGAGGUAAUAUUUGUUUAUCAACGUACAUGAAGAAGCACAUCAGUAGAUAUUUAUUGUAUUAUAAAUCUAAAUGUGUAUACAAAGUUCAAAUAAAGAUGUAAGACCUAUGAA